AUGGUCAACAUCCCCAAGACUAGAAACACUUACUGCAAGGGCAAGGAGUGCCGAAAGCACACCCAGCACAAGGUGACCCAGUACAAGGCCGGUAAGGCUUCUCUGUACGCUCAGGGUAAGCGACGAUACGACCGAAAGCAGUCCGGUUACGGAGGUCAGACCAAGCAGAUUUUCCACAAGAAGGCCAAGACCACCAAGAAGGUGGUUCUGCGACUCGAGUGUGUCAAGUGCAAGGUCAAGAUGCAGCUUGCUCUCAAGCGAUGCAAGCACUUCGAGCUUGGUGGAGACAAGAAGCAGAAGGGCCAGGCCCUCCAGUUCUAA